GUUUAUCUAAAAAAAAUUUCCUUUAAAAAUUCAAUACCUCUUCUCAUCUCUCUUAACGCAUCCCCGCCGCCACCACUCUGUCCCAGCUUCCUCCAGUGGCUGAUCUUAAUCCCUCUCUUGCAUUCAAGUUUCCGGCAGACCCAGCAAAUUAAAUAAGUGCUAUUUGGGGCCGCGAUUUGCUGCCAUUGAUGUGAUUUUUUCCCUCACCGCUGUUGAGGUCUUUAGCGGGUUGUUGAUUUUGAUCAUCAUGGAAGCUAAAUUCUUUCGCUUUCUUAAAAUCGUCGGAGUUGGUUACAAAGCCAGAGCUGAAGCCGAGGGAAGACUCUUAUUUCUGAAACUAGGAUACAGUCAUGAGGUUGAACUCCCCGUUCCUCCUGCCGUCCGCGUUUUCUGCUUCAAAAACAAUGUUGUUUGCUGCACUGGACUCGACAAGCAAAGGGUGCAUCAAUUUGCCGCUACAGUUCGAAGUUGCAAGCCUCCAGAAGUUUACAAAGGCAAAGGUAUAAUGUACAUUGAUGAAGUUAUCAAGAAAAAACAAGGUAAAAAAUCAAAAUGAUUUGUUGAAGUGCUUGAUUUUUACUUGCCUUUUUGUUAGUGGUAUUGCAGUGUCUCAUUUUGUAUUAACUUGGUUGAAUACCCAAACAAUGUAGGCAUGUUGGAACCUAUAACAUCUGUUCAACAAAAUUUUAGGGUCAUUGUCUUCAAUAAACCACUUAUUUUGAUGUGUUUGAUCGAUUA